AUGCAAGUCUAUCUAGCAUAUUACCUUCACCGUUUCGGCACAUCCUUGAUCGCCAUUCCUGACCCCAGCCACCCAUCCCAGGAUAGUUCUCUAUCCCCUUCCCAGCCCUACCAUACCAUAACUAUUACAACUUUUAUCUUAGAGUUUUCCCUUCCUAGUUUAGUUCCAAUUAUCUGCACGAAAUUCCCCGUUCUUCGAAGAUAUUUCCUGCAGAAUGUUUCUCUCAAGGCAAUUCCAGGCUUCAGGAAUUCUUAUUCGGGAAAGGCGUCAUUAAAGUUGCUCCUCAUGAUUAUUUCGACAGUUAUCUUGACAAUCUCCAACAAGGCUAGCACUUACUUUUCCUCGUGGAAUAUUCAUUUAAUCAGGUUAACUAUGCCGAUAGUAAUCCCCUCCCAGGAAUGUAGCCUAUACCUAUCUAGCCCGCACAUGCAUGCCUUACAAUCCUGCUUCUACUGCUCGGCUCCACUUUUGCUAUUUGCUGAAGAAUACCAACGUUAUGAACUAAUUCUGCUAGUAACCGUUGGACUUGACCGGUGGAUACAGAUAGGUGUCAGUAUGUGGGCUAACGCGGGCUGUAGGUUGGUGUCUAUCCCUAUAUCUCUGAUUACUUACUCUGCUGAGCACCUUGUGCUACGUUACUUACUUAGUCCAUUGGAUCGUAGAGAAAACUCCACAGUCCAUUAA